AAGAGAGAGAGAGAGAGAGAGAGAGAGAGAAGAGAGAAAGAGAGGUGGGGGAAGAGAGUUGUGGCUGCUGGAGGUAAAGUUAUCCGGGAAGGUGGCUCGGAAAAUGCCCUGCGGCGAGGAGAAAAAAAGCAGAGGACAAUUGCUAAUCUGAUGCACUGGACAGCCCGCGUGCACCGCGAAGGAUGAAGAUGGGGAUCAUCAGCAGCAGCUUCAUCCUCCUCUUCCUCGCCCUCCAUCACUGCUCGUCACGGCCAUGUUUAGAUCCAUUGAUCUCUCCACUUUAUGCCUCCUCUUUCCUGGCCUCCUCCAGAUAUAAUUUCCUCUACUCUGCUCAUUUUGCAAAGCUCUAUGGCAGCAGUGGCUGGUCUCCCUCCCCACGGGACAGACAGCCGUGGAUGCAGAUCGACCUGGGCAGGAAGUAUCGUAUUGUGGCCAUCGCCACUCAGGGGACUUUCAACUCCUACGACUGGGUCACCAAAUAUACACUCCUCUAUGGAGACCGUCCUGAUGCAUGGACACCCUACGUUAUGAGAGGCGGCAACAUGACAUUGCCUGGAAACUGGAAUUACUACCAGGUGAAGAGGAAUGUGUUCCACUACGCCUUCACUGCCAAACACCUGCGCUUCCUGCCCAUGGGCUGGAACACAGAAAAUGGCGGCAAGAUUGGCGUCCGGCUGGAGGUGUACGGCUGUCCCUACGACUCGUAUGUAAUGCAGUUAGAGGGGGACGAUAUGGUGGCUUACUCAUUUCCUGGCGGGCGGAUGCGGACACUACAGGACCACUACGCUCUGAACUUUAAGACGCUGGAGAAAGAUGGGGUUUUGCUGUACAGUGAAGGCCUACAGGGAGACUCCAUCAUGCUGGAGCUGAAAACAGGGCGACUUUACCUGCAUAUUAGCCUGGGGAGCAGCACAGUUCAUAACACAAAUGGAAUGACCACAAUGAGAGUGGGGAACCUGCUGGACACUCAGCACUGGCACUAUGUCACCAUCAAACGCUACGGCCGAGAGGUCAACUUCACCCUGGACAGCCAGACAGAGAGAGCCGUCCUCAAUGGGGAGUUUAACUACUUGGAUCUGGACAAGCAGAUAUAUGUGGGAGGGGUCAUAGAGAAGGACAUGCCCCACCUCCCUGGUAAGGUUAACUUCCGUGGCUGCAUGGAGAACGUCUUCAUCAACGGAAUCAAUAUCAUUUACAAGACCAAGUACCAAGAGCCUGAUGUACGGCUUGCUCCUAAAAAGAAAAAGAUGCACUAUACGUGCCGUGACCUGCUUUGGCGACCCUUGAGCUUCGCAGGGCCCAACAACUAUCUACAGGUGCCUGGAUUUUUCCGGAGGAAUCGGUUGGCGGUGAAGUUCAAGUUCCGCUCAUGGGAUUAUACUGGCUUGCUGAUGUUUACGAGGUUCGCAGAUGAGUUGGGCUCUCUGGAGCUGGGCCUGAGUGAAGGUCAGGUCAAUGUCACGUUGAUCCAGAGGGACAACAAAAGACUCCGCUUUGCUGCAGGGUACCGUUUGAACGAUGGCUUCUGGCACACAGUGGACCUGGCUGCCAAAGACAACUUGUUGACCAUCACCAUCGAUGAAGACGAAAGCUCUCCGUUGAAGAUCACUAACCCGUUCCAAGUGAAGACUGGAGACCGCUACUUUUUUGGGGGCUGUCCUAAGACCAAUAACACGGCUCGCUGUGUGACCAAACUGGCCCGGUUCCACGGCUGCAUGCAGCAAAUCUUUAUUGAUGACGAGCCUGUGGACAUCGACGUGAUGCUGCAGAGGAAAUGGGGCAGAUACACCGAGCUGCUGCUGGGGACAUGUGCCAUCACUGACAGGUGUACUCCAAACCCAUGUGAACAUGAGGGCAGGUGUAUUCAGUCCUGGAACGACUUCUUGUGCAUUUGCAACAACACGGGCUACAAAGGGGAAGUCUGUCAUAACUCGGUCUAUAGAGAGUCAUGUGAAGCGUACAGACUGAAUGGAAAGUAUUGGUCAGGCAACUACACCAUAGACCCUGACCUGAGUGGCCCGCUGAAGCCUUUCACCGUCUACUGCAAGAUGAAGAUGAAUAGAGCCUGGACGAUUAUUGAGCACAACCGUAUUGACAGCACUAAGGUAACUGGCUCCAGUGUGGACCGACCGUACAUAGGGGAUCUACGGUAUGUGAACGCUUCGUGGGACGAAGUCACUGCUUUGGCCAACACGUCAUUAUAUUGUGAACAAUGGAUCGAGUUCUCAUGCUACAAGUCCCGCCUCCUAAACACGCCACAUGGAAGGCCUUACACAUACUGGAUUGGUCGUCAUAAUGAGAGUCAUGAUUACUGGGGUGGUUCUUUCCCUGAGAGCGGCAAGUGUGGCUGUGCCAUCAAUCAAACCUGCACUGACUCAAAGUUCUGGUGCAACUGUGAUGCAGACUACCGGCAGUGGUACGCUGAUAAGGGCUAUGUGAUGUUCCGAGACCACCUGCCUGUGAGGAGAGUUGUCAUUGGUGACACGAACCGUACUGGCUCGGAGGCCCACUUCAGCGUAGGACCACUGCGCUGUUAUGGAGACCGAAGCAUCUGGAACACCAUUGCCAUCACUAAGCCCACCUACCUGACCUUCCCCACCUUCAGACCUGGCAACAGUGCUGACAUCACCUUCCACUUCAGGACUUACCGCACCAACGGGGUCUUCCUGGAGAACUCUGACGACCACCUGCGUAACUUCAUCAGGAUCGAGCUGAACUCCACUACUGAGGUGAUAUUCAUCUUCAUGGUGGGUGAUGGGAUCAGAAACGUGACCCUGCGCACUCCAAAGGCUCUGAAUGACAACGAGUGGCACUACGUGGAGGCAGAAAUCAACCCUAAAAUGGCGCGUCUCAAAGUGGACUUCUUCCCUCCAGCCAUACACAAGCUUCCUGGCCAGACUUACAUCAACAUGCAGUUUACCCAACCCCUGCUCGUAGGUGCUGCUAAUCACACCCUGCGGCCGUUCCUGGGCUGUCUGCGUGGCCUGCGGAUGAACGGGGUUCCUGUGGAUCUGGAAGGAAAAGUGGACGAGCGGAACGGGAUCAGGAGGAACUGUACAGGAGCGUGUUUAAACGCCUCAAUACCCUGCAGAAACGGAGGCCAGUGCAUCGACGGCUAUGCGUCAUACACCUGCGACUGCAACAACACAGCCUUUGACGGCUACUACUGCCACUUAGACAUUGGAGCGUACUUUGAUGUCGGGGCGUGGCUGCGCUAUGACAUCCGUAAAGAGCCUAUUCCAGAUGAUGCGUGGUGGGCUAACUUCUGGAUCGAGCCCCACUGGCACAACUUCACACUGGGCUACAACACCACCACUGACGACAUCGAGUUCAGCUUCAGCACCCAGCAGACCCCAGCAGUCCUGCUCUACAUCAGCUCCUUUCAUAAAGACUACAUCGCUGUUCUGCUCAAGAAAGAUGGCUCUCUGUCUCUGAGGUACCGGCUAGGCUUGUUAACUCAUAAAUUUCAGCUGACCAGCAGAAACCUGGCUGACGGCUUCCCUCACUUUGUCAACAUCACCAGACACAACUACACUGUAUGGACUCAGGUGGAUUACAUGGAGCCGUGGGUCGAGAGGUUGACUCUUGGGGAGAUUCCCAGAUUUGACUCUCCUAAGUCCAUUUUUCUGGGCAGAGUGAUGGAGGUUGGAGACAUUGACUACGACAUUCAAAGACACAACAGUCCCGGUCUAGUGGGCUGUAUUUCGGGGGUCCGCUACAACAUCUUUGCCCCAUUAAAGGCUUACUUCCGGCCCAAUGUAACCAACCCACCUGUGACGACCCAGGGCUAUGUAGUGGAGUCUAACUGUGGGGCGUUCCCGCCAGUCUUAGGCUACGUGCCCUGGGAGGAUGACCCGUGGUUCACUGGACUGUUCUUUUAUUAUAUUCAUGAUGACGUGACUCCACCCUGGAUGACGUUGAUUGUCACCGUAUCUCUGAUGCUGCUCUUCCUGAUCCUGUAUGGCAUGUACAUUUACCUGUACAGGUAUAAGGGCAGUUACCACACAAACGAACCCAAAAACCUGGAGUCCCCCAGUUCAGCACGGCCGCUGACCGAAACUCUGCGGAAGGAGAAGAAAAGUCUUCCGGAAAUACAGGAGGAGGUGCCCAGCGACUAACACAGAAUGAUAGAAAUGGGGAGGGGAGGGGGGAACAGGAGGACAAGUGAGAAAAAGAGAGAACAGGACGGGAUGAGUGUGCAAAAUGAGUUAAAUUACUACUGCAGAGCGUGUCUAUAUUUUUCCUGUAUAUCUCCUCUAUUGUCUUUUUUUAGCUCAACUUUGUUACAGUAUAUAAAGGAAAAAAGUGCUAUACUGAAUUUACACAAUUUUAAUGUGUAUAUCGUUUCUACAUGAAUAAAACACACAACUGCACAGUUAUUUCCAAAAGCAGUGGUAAACAGUAAAAUGUGGUCAAAAAUGAGAAAAACCCACCUCUAUGAUAAUGGUAAUCUCUGCUAGCACCCCUAUGGGAUUUCUAAUAGUAUGUUAACCCUAUGCUAUUGGUGAUGCACAUUGCUCAAGAUUAAACAUGGAUAUUUAAAGCUUGUUAAAGACAUUCUCUGUUUCAUUUGAAGCUUGUAGCUGUUUUACAGUGAUUCUUUCUAUACAGAUAAAAAUGAGUCCCUAAAAGGCAGUGAGGGUUUCCCAUUUUCCAAAAGUACAUAAACAGGAAAAGAAAAAUUCACUCAAUAUAAUCAUUUCAUUCAUGUAGAAACAAUGUACACGAGUAAAUUCAGCGCAGCACUUUCAGUGUUUUUCGUUUUCCGUUCACUGCAUACAGGCGUGAUUUGGGUGUAAUCUGACAUCUGGUGCUUUUUUCGGCUGAGUGUUGAACAUUUGCAGGGUUUUGAGACUGAAUGAAGGCGAUUUUUCCCUCAGAGUCUGUGUCCCACACUGCAUAGCAAUGCUGGCCAGCUGAAGUGCCUCAGUAACUGUGCAGGAAUCACAGACCAAGAAGCACUUUGGAAAGAACCAUCAGCGUAACAUGGCUUGGUAUGUCAGCAAUGUUCGCAUUAUAAAAAGAAAGUCAGAUUUUAUCAAAGACACAGCACAAAAUGCACAACGAAGAAUAUCAGUGUUAGAAAACAGCCGUUUUGAAAAAUGUACAUGUUUACACACAUUGUAUCUACAGUAUUUCUGGUAAAAAAUGAAGACUUAGGUUAGCUAUUAUCUGAUAUAUCACUUCGUAAUAGCUGAUGGGAUGUAAGUAUAUAUUUGUUAUAUUACUGCCUUCAUCUAUGACUAUUGCUUGCUGAUAGACCAGGACAAUGUAACAGCUCUGAAUGACUGAAGAUUUUUUUUAGAAGGAACAUUAGCUUCGUUAAAUACUGGUAAUAUAGCAUAAAUAUACCUCCCCAUAUGGUUUUUAUGGUUAUGGAGAAGAGCCAUACUGUGCUUGAUCAUGUACUGAGGAAUCAUUAAGGCUAGAAACAUACCAAACGCAAAUGACUUUGCCCAGCCAGAACACUGCGAGCACACGGUUACAUUGUACAUACUCAACAUAUGUUCUUACGCUACCAUGCCAGUUAUAAAGUUCAGUACUCAAGGGGGCGACAGAGUGCAAAUCUAAAUGUUCAAGAAUUAUCGGUCAGGUCUAAACAUCUGUCCAAUGCCGAUAAACAGUAAAGAUAAAUGACGGCCUCCUGAUAGUGAUAUGAUUCUGAUACCAUGGUCCCUCCACAAUGGGAUUUUUGUUUUUUUUAAUGUCCAAUCCAGGUAUCUGUAGGUUAUAGCGCCCCCUUGCAGCACUGCUUAGAAAGCAGCUUGUGCUGGUUGCGCAAAAAACAUAUUUCGCUUAGCUUGAAGCAUUUGCCAACUUGCAUGAGGUAUGUUUCUGGCCUAAUCUUAUUACAUUCUAGCUUUUGUGCGAGGGACUCAAAUCCUCAACAUUCACUAAUACUACCCUAUGAAACGAGGACGAGUAAUGUACUGUAUGUCGUGUGUCGGUAUGCCUUGACUCAGGGUUGAAAACAGUUGUUUCCACAGCUGCUGAGAUUAAAGACUACGGUCCUGAUUCCUUUCACUGCCUCUACUCUAAAACUCCUAAUUUCAUUAAUCUAUUUUCAUAUUUACCAGCGUUUUUCAUAUUGGAACCUUGUAAACCAACGUGGUGAACGAAGUACUUCACUUGCAGCUCUCCAGUAUGUCAGUAGGGGGAGGCGCUGAGAGGAAUCAGCAGCAGGCGUGAUUGUCUUUGUGUGUGUGAAUCAAGUCUGAUAUGCAUACGUGGUUUUCCUUCUGGGGUCUGUUCCUGCCCAAACACUAACCAGAGUUAAUGAGUCAGAUGAAGUGCUGGACUCUGUUAGGCGCUUAACACCAUUAACACCCCCUUCACACUCACACAGUAUUUUGUCCACAUCUUAUUGAAAGAUAGUUGCGUUCAAGCCAUCAGUAUUCCCAGCGCUACUUCCUCCCCUGCUGUCUUAUGAGGGUCUUUAACAUGCCAAGUGUGUCAGGACACAGAUGCUGUGGUUUGUAAUGUAAUCUCAUGAUUUGAGCUUCAGCUCCAGUGCUACAAAUUGACCCAAACAGAUGUUACAAACAGUCAAAAACCCGUUGCUCUGUUGAAAGUUGGCACAGAAAUGAGCACUCAUAGAGAUUUCACAUUCCAUGUAGCUGAAGUGAUGGCAACUUUGAUUUAUUCAUUGUACACUCUCAAAAUAGAUGUGCCAGAAACAACACUAACAACUGUGUUACUGUUAACACAAAAUGGGUUAAAACCAGUGUUGGGGUAGUUAAGAAAUAGAUCCAUUACAAAUGACUAAUUACUUUAACAUCUCAUUUCUUUUCUUCUACAACCCCAUUUCAAAAAAAGUUGGGACAGUGUAUGAAAUGCUAAUAAAAACAGAAAGCAGUGAUU